AUGCAACCUUCUAGUUUAAACACUCAAAGUAUCCAGUAUAGAAAGAGAACAGAACAGGAUUCGAUAGACAAUCAUAUCAAAAAAAAGCGUCCUGUAGAUCGCAAUAUACCACCCAAGAUUGAAGCCUAUGUACCAGAAUCAAGAUUAUAUGAAGAAUUAUGUCAGUUUGAGAGAAAUAUGGAUACAGCCAUAAUGAGAAAACGAUUAGAGAUUCAAGAAGCACUUGGAAAACCAAACAAGGUGAAACGAACCAUGCGUAUUUUUAUUUCCAAUACAGCAGCAGAUCAGUUACAUCAAGAAGAGGAAGAAGAAGAAGUGGAUGGACAAGUGUUUGAGAUCAAUAGUGAAAAUGAACCUUCUUGGACAUUAAAGAUCGAAGGGCGAUUGCUGGAUCCACUGAUUCCAACAAAGAAGGCUCAACCUGUACAAAAGUUCACAUCCUUUUUUAAAUCAAUUAUUGUUGAACUUGAUCCAGAAAAAUAUCCAGAGGGAAAUUUAAUUGAAUGGCGUAAACAACCAUCAAGUGUGGAAAGUGAUGGUAUUGAAGUAAAGCGUAAAGGAGAUACCAAUGUCAACGUACGCAUCAUUCUCGUUCCAGACUAUACACCUCAGAAAUUCAAGCUGACGCCUGCCUUAUCUGAACUGACGGGACUCAAGCUAGCGACCAAGUCUCAUAUCGUGUCAGAGCUGUGGAAUUAUAUCAAACUACACAACUGCCAGGACGCUAAAGACAAACGCAUUAUCCAUUGUGACAGAAAGAUGCAGGCAAUCUUUAAUGCAACUCAGUUACAAUUUCAUGAAAUACCUGAAUUGAUCCAACGACAGGUGACACAACCAGAUCCUAUUGUAUUAGAAUACACUAUUCGUGUUGAUAAACGGUUCAACAUGUCAUCCAAGGCAUAUGAUGUUGAUGUUGAACUGGACAGCGUGCUUAAACAAAAGAUGAUGAAUGUUGUCGCUGCUUCACAAGUGCAAAAGGAUAUUCUAAGUUUGGACGAUAAGAUUGUUCAGUGUGUACAAAGUAUCAAUAACUCCAAGAUGAAACGGGACUUUCUGAUGCAGUUUUCUUCCCAUCCCAUCGAGUUUAUCAAUAAAUGGAUUCAUAGCCAAGCAAGAGAUAUAGAAGCUGUGCUUGGAGAGACCAAGGUCAACUUAGAGGAUGUACGUCAAACUGAAUUCUAUAAACAACCAUGGGUAAAGGAAGCAGUUUUUCAUUAUCUCACGUCCAAGACACAACAAAAAAUGCAAGAAUUAUUGGCUACACAGUCUUCUUCAAAACAAUCUUAA